UGAAUGCUCUAACAUCUUCACAACCCAUCAGAUCUUCAAAUCUUCCUCCUCUCUUUCUCCCUCUUUAAAACCCAGCACCACCACCACCUCCACCUUCAACCCACCUCCACCGUCACCUUCAACCCACCACCACAUCCACAAUUCACCGCGCAAACAACCACCACCCCAGCAACGACCACUCAAACCCUCUGGAAAAACAAAUCUGGGCGGAAAAGGGUAUUUGGCUGGAAAAACGAUUUUGUUUAUGCAGCAAUAUCUGCCAAGCAUUACGAUGUCGUGACCCCGGAGAUGAUAAGAAGGGCGUUUCUUCAAACAGAGGAUGGAUUCACCGCUCUUGUAUUGAGUCAUUUAAUGCACGCCCUAGCAUUGCAACCGUUGGAUCGUGUUGCUUAGUUGGAGUAGUAUAUCAGCAAACUCUUUUUAUUGCAAAUCUUGGAGAUAUCGUUGCCAUGAAGCAUGGGGUCUGGAGGGUCAAAAGCAUUAUUCAGUAUUAUAUUUUCAGCUUGCAAACCUUCAGGCAACAUCUUCAGUUGCAGACAUAAAAUCAGCUGAAAUCAGACUGCAGACAGUUUUUGUUUGCAAAAACAAACAACACCUAAAUGUUUCGAAUAAGAAGUGAAAGCUUAUUCAUGUUAUUAUUUUAGCAACAUGGUGGACGCUUUGGAGAUGUCAGAAUCAAGACUCUUUUUGCAAGAUGUCAGAUGAAAACAACAUAUUCCAACAUAUUCUUGACAAUGUCAUUAAUUAUGUCUUUUGGUGGUUUUCUCACAAAUUCUCCAUCAAAUUCAUCAAUCAACGUAACAAUCGAUGGACGAAACAUCAACCACACCGUUUGUUGGAUCAAAGAGAGCGUUCGAGGAUGAAAUUGGGACCGAUUUUGUGCACAAGAAGGUGAAAUUGGCGGGAGAUUUGAAGAAAGUGGCGGAGAUAGUGCUGGUGUUAGCGGCGAUGGGGAGGAUGAGAGGUGGAAGGGGGCCGACGACGGCGGAGGCGGAGAUGAUGGUGGAAGCGAGGGGGAGGUUGGUGGAGGUGUGUGAGGAGUUUGCUCCGAAGGAUGUGUUUUGUAGAGAUGUGUUUGGGACGGUGGUUGAGGAUCUAGGGUUUGGUGGAGUGAGGGAGGUGAAGGUGGGGGUGCUUUCGGUCUCGAUUAAGCAGAAGUUGGAGCUUGCAAAGCAAAAGAUGGAAAAAUCUGAAGCGUUUGCAUUACAUUCUGCUACUUAUAUACCACAUGCUGUUGAAACAGUACCAUCAGGUAAAGCUGAUCAUGUACCCGUUUCUUCUAGAAGCUUCCAGAACGUUUCAUAUGUGGUUCAUGCUUCCCCGAAUUCCGAUUCAAGAACUUUACCGUAUCAGUUGCCCACAAGUGAAGUAAGACCUGUGGGGCCCAACGUUUUGACUGGCAGUCAUCUCGGAAGAUGUUCUAUCGCAUCGCCUAUUGAUCAUUUGACAAACGUAAAUCAUCAUAAGCAACAUCAAACGAACUUUGUUCAACCUCCUGCUGCUAACACGCACAACGAAGUCGCUAAAAUCGUUCAAAAAGUAUUACAGUCACAUAUGCCAGAUCACCACACAUGGAAUCCACCUUCAAGAGACUACAUGAACAAGCAGUUGACUUGUCAAACAUGCAAAAGUAUGAUCAACGAGGUGGAUACUGUACUUAUUUGUGAUGCUUGUGAAAAAGGGUAUCACUUGCGAUGUCUGCAAUGUAAUCCAAAAUCGAUUUUUGGAGACGAGUGCCGUGAGUGGCAUUGUGCAAAGUGUUUGGCAAUCAGCAAUGGGAAACCCUUACCGCUUAAGUACGGUCGUGUUAUGAGAAACGUAAAUACACCGAAAAGACCUACCAGCUCAUCGGGAGGUCAACCGUCUUUAGAGAAGAAAGUGACAUCAUCUGAUGAGAAUUUUAACCAGUGCUUGAUGUCAGCAAAUGGUGAUUCUGUUUCACAAACAUCAACAACUCAAAAUGGAAUAAAAUUUGAUAGCAACUCGAAAGGUGAAAACGGGAAAACUGAGGAAGUGGUUGAGAAGGGUAAUAUUGUCAAAAGAAGUGAAAAUUGUACGACAGUUAGGGAGAAUGAAGGUUCUUCACCGAGUAGUGUGCAGGAUGUUGAAUGGGUUGGUGGUGUAAUAAAUGAAAUUGAUGGGAAAGUGUAUUAUGGAUCUUGCUGCAUAAGUGGAACCACAUAUAAACUGCAGGAUUAUGCUUUGUUUAGCUUUACUGGCAACCUUAUGCCUAAUAAACUACAGAGCAUGUGGGAGGAUAAUAAGACAAAUGAGAAGUGGGUUACUGUGACUCGCUGUUUCUUUCCUGAUGAUUUGCCUGAGGGUGUUGGGCGUCCUUGUGCUCCAGAAAGCAGUGAGGUAUAUGAAUCCAACCAUGAAACAACACUAGCAGCUGGCAUGAUUCAUGGUCCAUGUGAAGUUCUUCCUCCACACAAGUUUUCUGAAGAAAGAGUGAUUCAAGCUCAUUCACAGACAAACGCCUUUGACAAACCAAACCGGGUUUUUCUCUGCAAAUGGUUUUAUGAUGAGAAAAAACGUCUGUUUCGAGAUGUGACGUGUUAGGAGGGAGCACGAUAAAUACAUAUUAGGAAAUUCUCCUCUCUUCCAGUGGUGCUCAAGGUUUUCUUUUUGCAGGUCUGAUUUCAAGAACGUGAAGCAACAAGCAAGAACUAUAUUUUUGAGCUGUAUAUUUAUCAGUGUAUGAAUAAGUUUUCAUGGCUUUGAUCUAGACGCAUGUUUAGUUGUUGAAUAUAAAUACAAAUUACAGCUCCCAACAUGUGUUAGAUCUUUAAGUUGGUGUUUGUUUGCAUCUUUAUGGGUCUGAUAUGAUAUUGUUUGUUAAAGAUGGUCA